AUGCGUCGGUCCGAGCAUCACGCACCCCCGUGCUCGGUCGCAGGCACCUACUCGACGGUCGACGAGCUCGCCGGCAUGUCGCCCGCGCGAUACGUCACUCCUGAUCCCGAUGACGACGGCUACGACGAGGACGUGCCCGCCGACCCCCCACCCCCUGCCGCCGACGACGAUGCCGCGCCGGACGACGAGCCUGUGGUCGGCGACGCCGAUGGCGGCGGCGGCGGCGGCACGGGCAACGCGCGGCGCUGGGCCGAGGUCUUGCCCGACCCGUCGUGCUGCCCCGCGCUCCCGCUGCUUCUGCUCGCGCUCAUCGGCACG